CAACGUAGUAUAUAUAUGAUGCUCUGGUUUUCUCGCACUGCCAAGAGUCAAUUAACAUCCAGCAGAGAAGAAGCUCCAGCACAUUCAGUUGUUUAUACACGAUGUAUUGCAAGAACUUGUACACCUGUGCUGUCCUCGGCGCCUUACUCCUGGUGCUGGCGCCCAUCCACCGGGUUAAUGGAGAAGAAGAAGGGGCUCCCACUGCCGCCUGUGCUACCAUGACUCCUGGACAUCCAUUCGAUCCGCAACUUCUCAGCUCGGCUCCGUUCAAGACAGAAAUUCCGGCCGGGAACUCGAUCCCGAUGGGUGACACCGUGAAGAUUGAACUACGCGCGCAAAAUUCAUUAAUUCCGUUCAAAGGUUUCCUUGUGAUGGCAUUUGACGUGAACGAUGAUACUAAACCCAUUGGCACAUUUAAACUUCCCAGCGACGGAAAAGUCAUCGACUGCCUGCAGGGCGUUGGGAAUGCGGCUACGCAUAAGUGGAAUAACGACAAGAAAUUGGUGACAAUCGACUGGAUCCCGCCCACUUCAGAUUACAAGGGCACCGCCAAAUUCAUGACCACUUACGUACACAACAUUUCAACAUUUUGGGUCAAGACGGAAUCGAUUACCGUUUCGUUCGUGGAGGAAAUUACUACAGUAACGACAACACAGGUUCCGACCACCACCCCGAGUUCAGCCUCGCAAUCGAGCAGUAUGUGGGUCGGCCUGAUUGCCUUUUCCUUGUUGACCUUAUUGAUGCGAUAAGCUUUUUUCAAAAUGUCAAGAUACACACCUCAGCCUAUACUUGACUCUGGCUGUUGAAUGUUCUAGUUGAUACAAUUAUAAUGAAGCAAUCAUUCGUGUACUUUAAAUAGUUCAAUUUGUGAACGAAACAAUAAAAGCGAGUCCCAUUAAAA